CCAAAAAGAAGUUGAUGUCAACAAUAUCGUGGCAUUUCGUGAUUUGUUCCUUAAUUUAGCACCCGAAACACAAAAAGCAGUAGCCUAUAACACGUAUUUAUACCUUUUGAUUAAGUUAUAGACAUGAAGGGAGAAUAGCAGGAUUUGAAAUGAUGAAGAUUCUGUCAACGAUUGUGUAAUUUGACGGAGAAACACCAAGGCCUAGUGCAGAUGAAUGGAUUGGAAAUAAAGCAUAAUGCCCAUAGACAGAAGAGCUGGCCUACAAUUAGGGCUGCUGUUAAUGGCAGUCCCAUUACAAUACAUUGUGUCUAAGUACAUGUCAACUAAUGAAUCUCAGAGAAGCUAUGCAAUCAGAAAUUUGUUCCACAGUGCCGCGGGGUUUAAAGAGAAGUAUUUAUCGUGGAGGUCGUGGCAGCAGUGGUGUAUGAGCUUCAUAUUUCGUGAGGAGCCUCAGAGUUUUGCUAGUCAGGACGAUCUGAACGGGGAAUCCCCUGCUGUAGAGGUGCAAAAAUUCAAGGAUCCAGAGGGGUAUUUUGGAGCCUCCACAGAACCUCGAACUCUAAGGUCACCAGAGGUCAAAUACAGAGUGGGUCAAGUGAUACGACAUAAAAUCUGGGGCUACCGAGGGGUGAUAGUGGCUUGGGAUCCACAGGCCAGGGCCCCAGAAAGCUGGAUAGAACAGAACCAUAGAAAAGAUAAACCUCAUUGGAGGACUCAGCCUAACUAUGCCAUACUUGUGGACACCAGGGACAGAAUGACCCCUCAACUGACCUACGUUCCACAGGAAAACAUUGACAUAAUAUCCAAUGUCAAGAUUAUGCAUCCUGGGAUAGAGAAUUAUUUUGAGGGAUUUGACGGUGCUCAGUAUAUACCACGUCCUUGGCUUAAAACUGUGUUCCCCCAUGAUUGACCUUGACAUUUCGUUACAUGUCCUUGACAUUUCGUGAUAUUUCUGAUAUUGUAUAUAUAGGAGGUACAUGGUAGACUUUUCAAAAAUAAUUUUCAUUUUGAUUAUUUUAUAGUUGUUGAAUGUUGAUAUAUUUUUGAUUUAUCUGACCAUACAUCUAUUUUUCUUGACUGGUGUCUUUAAUAGCAUCUUCAUUAAAAAAAAUAGUGUUUUAAAAAAAGUAUUGCAAAUGAUGUACACAUUUUCUUUUUGUUAUACAUGUAUUAUAAUUUUGGAAACUUCAGAUUUACAUAUGGCACAUAUAGAUUUUGAAUUUACAUGUUUUUGAGUUCCUUAAAUGAAAAAUCGGGGAGUUUUGAAACACUUGUGGGCACAGAGUGUUCAGAAAUCUUCGAGCAUUUUUUUUUUCAAAAUAUUUUUUCGUAUUUAAAAUCAUUUCAAAAAUCAAAGAUGAAUUGAAAUUGAUUGCCAAUAAACAGACUUCCCAAGAUUAAAAAAAAUUGAUUGAUUGAAUUAUGGCUAAAUUAUUGUGCAAUGCCUUUUAUUACCUUUUGUCUUUCAAUUUAAUUUAUUUUAUAGUAAUUUGUAAAAUUUCAGUGUGUGUAAUUUUAUGUAAGAAAUGAUAACAACCUGAGACUGGCAUUUAUGUUUGAACCCAGUAUCUACCAAAUCCAGCUAACCCAAGUUGAAAAUUUUUUAAAGGGUAGUCCUUUGAAUCAAAAUAUUUUACUGGGAAACUCAAUAAGUCUGAUUGGUUUUCUUGACAUCACAUGCAAAGUAAUAUUUUACAAUAAUGACUUGGAUUUCUAAAAAUAACUUGGGAAAAAUCUGGAUGCAUUUGUAGUAGUGAAAAAUCUUUAAAACACACAAAAUCUAAUGAUGAAUUUGUCUCUUUUUGUUUAGUCAAUUUGCUUUUCUCUGAAGUUGAUACAUGUAUAUUUAUGGAUUGGAUCGACUUCAGAAAAAGGCUAUAUUUGUAUAUUGAGGCAGUUUUUUCUGUGCCAUUCAUGUUUAUCUCAUCAAACUCACUACCAUCAGGGAAUAUGGUUGUUAAGGCUUCACAACUAUUUGCUUGUACAACUCAACAUGAACUCUUGUUAAACUUUGAAAUAAACAAAUUAAAAAUAA